UCUCUCUCUCUCUCUCUCUCUCUCUCUCUCUGCCUAUUCUUUCUUCUUCUUUCUCUCAUUUAAUUAACAUACAAACUCCAAUAAAUUAUUCAUACUCUCUCAACAACAAAAACCCAAACCUCAAACCCCUUUUCCUUCUUCUCAAACACACACAAACGCCACAUUUGUCAGCGUCCUCAUACUCAUCCAUCAUCAUAUAUGAUAUAUCACAUACAUAAUAAUUAAAUUAAAUUAAUCACCAUCAUCAUCAUCAUUAUUAUACUAUUAUUAUAGACUCUUAUAGAUAAUUAUAGAGUUUGCAUAUAUAUUAUUAUUUUUAUUUAUACAUAUAGAGCUCUCUUAGUACCGAUACAUGCUCGCCGGCGAUGCCGACGCCGGUAAGCGCAGCGAGGCAAUGCUUGACAGACGAGGCGGCACGUUCUCUCGACGACGCUGUCGCGGUGGCGCGUCGCCGGAGCCACGCCCAGACGACCUCCCUCCACGCAGUCUCUGCUCUCUUGGCCCUCCCUUCCUCCUCCCUCCGCGACGCAAUCACCCGAUCUCGCACCGUCGUCACCGCCGUAGCCGCAGCCGUAACCGUCUCCCCGCGCCUCCAGCUGCGCGCCCUAGAACUCUCCGUCGGCGUGUCCCUCGACCGCCUCCCCUCCUCCAAACCCUCAUCUAUCUCCUCCACCGCCGACGACGACGGACCUCCGGUGUCGAAUUCCCUCAUGGCGGCCAUAAAACGCUCCCAGGCGAACCAACGGCGCCACCCGGAUACCUUCCACUUGAUGCAAAUCCACAAUCACCAAAACCCUCAGUUCAAUCAAGGAACGGCGUCGUUUCUGAAAGUUGAGCUCAAACACUUCGUUCUUUCAAUCUUAGAUGAUCCAAUCGUGAGUCGCGUCUUCGGCGAAGCGGGUUUUCGGAGCCCCGACAUAAAACUCGCACUUCUUCAGCCUCCUAACCCUCCGCCUUCUUCUAGAAUCUUCUCAAGAACGCGCUACCCGCCCCCCCUCUUCCUCUGCAGUCUUGAAUCGGGUCGACCCGGACCCGGUUUCUCUUCCGGGUUCCCAUUCCUGGACGAGAACUGCAGAAGGGUUGCGGAUAUUCUAACGCGGAAGAACAAGAGAAACCCUUUGCUUAUGGGUGUUUACGCGAAAACCGCGCUCAGAAGCUUCGUUGAGAUGAUCGAGAAGGGUCGUGGUGUUGCAAUGUUCCCACCAGAAAUGGCUGCGGUUAAUGUCAUCUCGGUGGAGAACGAGAUUCAAGAAUUCUUGAUUUCUGGCGCCAUGAGUGAGGAGAAGAUGGGGUUGAGGUUUGAGGAGUUGGGCCGAGAAGCCGGUCAAUGCUCCAAUGGUGGUGGUGUUGUUGUGAGCUUUGGGGAUGUUGGGGCUUUUGUUAAAGAUGGAGUGGAUAGUGGUGCUGUUGGGUUUGUUCUUUCGAGGAUAACGAGGUUGUUGUUGGACGGUGGUGGUGGUGGAGGGAAGGUUUGGUUGGUUGGGGUGGCGGAGAAGUGUGAUGUGUAUUCGAAGUUAUUGGGUUUGUUCCCAAAUGUGGAAAAGGAUUGGGAUCUGUAUCCUAUAACCGUGACAUCUGCUACCCCUUCAAUGGAAGGACUCUACCCUAAAUCCAGCUUGAUGGGGUCCUUCAUUCCGUUUGGUGGGUUCUUUUCUACACCACCUGAAAUCAAAACUCCUGUAAGCUGUUCAAGUGCAUCUUCUGCGCGUUGUGACGAAUGCAAUGAAAAAUAUGAAGAAGAAGUUGCUGAUUUGAAGGUUAAUGAAGAAAGCACAAGUUUGAACGAGAGGAUCCUGGGUUGUCAAAAGAAAUGGAACGACAUUUGCCGUAAUCUUCAUCACACCAGAUCAGUUGAUAAUUCUCAAACAAGACCUCAAGCUCCAUCACUUGAGGGUUUACGGUUUGGCUCUGGGUUUACGGAAAGCGGCAGUAAAGAUCCAUCACAUAUAGAAGUCCAAUAUUCUAAUCAAACUUCCUACCUACCUAGAGAGCCGCCUAGUAUUUAUCCAUUGAAACAGUUGCCAUCUGUUCUGGAAUCUUCUGAUGCAGCCAGCAUCAGUAGCGGAACUGAUCAUGCACUGAAAUUUUCAGGGAUUCAGUUGACUGAUGUGCGGACGCCAUGGAUUGCCCCUUCCUCUAUGGCCAAUACAAGUCUUCUUGAUCACAGUUCAUCUUCAUCCCUUACACCUGUGACGACAGAUUUAGGAUUGGGCACAAUAUAUACAUCAGCAGCUCAAGAGCCAGAUACCCCAAAACUACAGGAUCACAAAAAGCAUCUUCCAAACUUGUCGGAAUCUCUGUCAAUUGAUUUUUUUGAUGCCCCAAAUGAGAAUACUUCACACCAAACACCUAGAUCUGCUUGCUCUUUUCCAAAUUCAGAAGGAAAUUUUGAUUCGGUAGAUCUCAAAUCUCUAAAUCAACUUCUCGCUGAAAAGGUUGGCUGGCAAGAUGAUGCCAUCUAUGCAAUAAAUCGAAGGCUGUUCCUUUGUAAUUCCGGUGCAGGAAAACGUAAAGGCUCCAGAGCUGGCAUAUGGUUUGCUUUCCUUGGACCAGAUAGGAUCAGCAAAAAGAAAAUUGCUGCAGCUCUUGCAGAGAUUAUAUUUGGAAACAGAGAAAAUCUAAUAUCCGUAGAUCUAAGCUUGCUGGACAGGUCUUUCUCAUUGAACUCUGUUUUUGAUUGCCAAAUAUCACAUUGUCAUGAUGCGCUGAGAAGGAAGACUGUUGUGGACUAUAUUGCUGGGGAGUUGAGUAAAAGGCCACUUUCGGUUGUUUUUCUUGAUCAUGUCGAUAAAGCUGAUUACCUUGUGCAGACUAGUUUGUCACAGGCAUUAAAAACUGGUAAAUUUCCAGAUUCUCAUGGAAGGGAAAUCAGCAUCAACAACAGAAUCUUUAUAGUAGCCUCGACUGUCAGUAAAGGUAAUAGUAAUAGCUCUUCUAUAUCCGAGGGAUCGAAAAUGUUCUCUGAGGAAAGAAUCCUUGAAGCCAAGAAAUUUCAAAUGCAGCUAAUACUUGGACAUACCGCAUCUGAGGAUGCCAUUAAAAGGGGUAUCACAAAUGUCCAGGUUAUUCGUGGAAAAGGGUCCUCCAAACCACCAUUUCUUAGCAAAAGGAAGCAAGCUGAUACUAAUGACUCCAAAGAGGUGGGAAACACAUGCAAGAUGCAGAAACAGGUCAGGGAGAAAUCAAGAUCCUAUCUGGAUCUAAACAUGCCGCUAAACGAGGCCGAAGAAUGCAUCAAUGAUAAUGACAACGAGAUGGAAAACUCAGGAGCAUGUUCCACUGAUAUCUGUCUUCAAAUUGAAGAAAAAGUGUUAUUCAAGCCAUUCAAUUUUGAUGCACUUGCUGAUGAAUUGUUGAAAAGCAUUAGCACACAAUUCCAGAGAGCACUUGGUUCAGAUUUUCAGCUGGAAAUUGAAUAUGAUGUAAUGGUACAAAUUCUUGCAGCUGCAUGGUUAUCAGAGAAGAAAAAUGCAGUGGAGGAUUGGAUUGAACGUGUUCUUGGAAGAGCUUUUGCUGAAGCCAAACAAAAAAAACACCGUGCAUCACCAUCUCAGUAUGUGAUGAAACUGGUCAACUGUGAAUCCAAUUUUGUGGAAGAGAAUGCUCCUGGUGGAUUGUGUCUUCCUUCUAGAAUUAACCUCAACUGAAUUUUUUGCUCACUAUGACAGGCUGUAUUAAAAAUAUUUUGUAAUUACUUGUAAAAUGUAGGCUUUUAGGAUGUGUAGCUUUUUGUAAUUGCCAGCAUUGUUCGGCUCAUUAAUCUCUCAAUUUUUGUUGUUUGGUGCAAAAGAAUGUAUAAUAUCCGUAGUGUACCUUCUAUUUUUUUUU